CGUUUCCGUACGUAUCCCCCAAGCGCGUAAACGCACAAGUUGAGCACAACUUAACUUUUACGCAGCAAAAUUGAAAAACGCGAGCAAUUAUCCAAUGAAAAUGAAUUUACAGAUCACGUGCUUUACAAUGAAGCAUGCUUUUGCCAAUUGAUUUACAAGUUGAAAAAAGAUGGGAAAAUAUACAAAAGUUGAGGAGAAACUUAUUGAAGAAAUUGAAAAAUACCCAGCGCUUUGGAAUACAAAAGACACUAACUAUAAGAACAAAAAUAUUAAGGAAAAUGCGUGGCAAAUAGUGACUGAUGCUGUGAAUGCAGCUUGUCAAUCAACGUAUUCAGUAAACGACUACAGAGACAGAAUUUGGAAAAACCUACGCGAUUCAUAUGUCCGUGUGUUAAGUGGAAAUGGGAAAAAAAGUGGAGCAGGUGUGGAUGAAAUUCCACAUUAUCCAUACCUUUUGGCAAUGUCAUUUCUGAAACCUUAUGUUAAUAUUCGAACAAAGAAUUCGGACAGCAAUUUCCAACCAGUUGUUCUUUCAAGUCCAUGCCAAGAUCCACUUACCAUCACAUCUGAACCUUCUACUGAUGAUUUAACGGUUGGUAUUGAGGCAUUUUCUCAAGAAUCUUUCCCUUCGUUUGAGAUUAUUGAAAACGUUCAAAAUGUUGCUUCAAAACAACCAAGUAAGAAAAGGUCUUAUGCAGCAAUGUCACAAAAGCAACUUGAUCGGGCCUUGGAUGUAAAAAUCAUGGAAUAUAUAUCUGGUGGUGAGAAAUCCUUGCAAAAUCAAUCAGCUAUGGUAACUAUAGAAGAUGCAUUUGGUAAAAGUGUUGCUGCUCAGCUACAUUUGUUGGAUAAAGAAGCAAAAGUAAGGCAAUGA